CAACGCCGUACAUAAAUGCUUUCCCGGUAGCACACGGGAUGUGCUUCGGCAAACCGGAUACGCUUGUUAACUACUCCUUUGGAACAUGUCAACAGAGGAAGCUCUUUCCUCAACACCACCCCCCAAACUUGUUGGGGAACAAGUUUCUCCCUCUUCGAGGAGCGCCCCACAGAGGGCCCGGGCGUUACAUAGCAGAAGAUAUGUAUGGAUUGGCAUACAACCUCUCUAAGAUCCCAACCAGUAUAAAAGGAUAUACUUUUGGUGCCAGGACAGCUGUGAGGUUUAAGACAAUCAACAAGGAUGUGAUGCUUUACCCUGGCAUGUACCAGUCUACAGAUCUUCAGGAGCAUAGACACAAACAAAAUUUUGCUCCAUUUAAUACCUUGUUGCCUCGAUUCAGGACAUACUCAAAGGACACUUAUUAUCCUGGACCUGGCACAUACAACCCAGAGAGGAAGCCCCCCAAGAAAAUCACCUGGCCAAUGAAAUUUGGAUCUCCAGACUGGGCUCAGGUUCCAUGCUUACAGAAAAGAACCCUAAAAGCUGAGCUGUCCACCGACAAGGAGUUCAGAAAGCACCGGAACCGCGUGGCCUACCUUAGCCUGUUUUACAACUGAGGAGCUGUGAUGGCCUUCAGGGCGUCCUCUCGGCCACAGACCCAGGACUCAGGACAGAGUCACCUUUCCCCCCUCACUGC